UACUGCGAAGUGGUGCCCACGAACUCUCUUCCUUCUCUGGAGACGCGCGGGCCGGCAGGGAUGAAAGCGGGUGUGAUCCACUGUAGAUGCUCCAGAUGCUUUUUGGUUCCCUCAAAGCGAAGGCUGAGAAAGAGACCCAGAGUCCUCACACUGCUGUGUCUUCCUGAAGAUGUUCUGUUCCAUGUUCUUAAGGGGCUACCUGCUGAAGAUCUCCUUUCCCUCCGAGUUGUGCACCCUCAUCUUAAGUACCUUGUAGAUAACCAUGCUAGUGUUUGGGCGUGUGCAAGUUUUCAAGAAGUGUGGCCUUCUCCAAGCAACUUGAACAUGUUUGAAAGGGCUGCAGAAAAGGGUAACUUUGAAGCUGCUGUGAAACUUGGCAUAGCCUAUCUCUACAAUGAAGGCUUAUCAGUUGCUGAUGAGGGUCGUGCAGAAGUAAAUGGGCUGAAAGCAUCUCACUUCUUCAGCCUGACAGAGCACCUGAACACCUCUGCAGCACCCUUUGUCUGGCUUUUCAUUCGCCCACCCUGGUCUCUGAGUGGAAGCUGCUGCAAAGCUGUUGUCUAUGAAAGUCUCAAAGCAGAAUGUCAGCAGCAAAAAUCUCAGAGAGGGUCGAUUCUCUAUUGCCUGGCUAAGGUUCUAAACCUCUUUGAGGAUGAAGAAAAGAGAAAAGAAGCCCUUGAAAUGUUUGAGAUCUCCUCAAGGCAAGGUUGCCUGCACAGUGCUUACCUACUUUGGGAAAAUAACAGAAAAGCUGCUAUGUUGGACCCUGGUAGAUAUCUCCAGAGCCUCAGAAAACUCAGGGAUUACGCAGCCAAGGGCUCCUGGGAAGCCCAGAUAGCUCUAGCCAAAGCUUGUGGAAAUGGGAACCAACUUGGACUGGAAACAAAAGCCUCCAAUGAGAUGGUGUCUCAGCUCUUCCAGACCUCAGUGCCACUAAACAAGCAGAGCAUCUUCACUGUCCAGAAGGGGAUGAAUGAAACAAUGAGGUACAUUCUGAUUGAUUGGCUGGUAGAAGUGGCAACUAUGAAGGACUUCUCAAGCCUCUGUCUCCACAUGACAGUGGGAUGUGUAGAUCGAUACUUGAAAAUAAGACCUGUGCCCCGCGCACGUCUUCAGCUUUUGGGAAUUGCAUGCAUGGUUAUAUGUACACGCUUUAUCAGCAAAGAGAUUCUGACAAUACGGGAAGCUGUUUGGUUAACAGACAACACGUACAAAUAUGAAGAUCUUGUCAGAAUGAUGGGGGAGAUCAUCUCUGCCCUUGAAGGGAAGAUAAGGAUUCCAACUAUUAUAGACUAUAAAGAAGUACUACUUAACAUUAUCCCAUUGGAGAGAAGAACAGUAUACCUGUACAGCUUCAUCUGUGAACUCUCCCUCUUAAACACAGGACUGUGCAUAUACUCUCCAGCCCGUCUGGCUGCUGCAGCCUUGUUGCUAGCUAAAGUAUUGUACAAACAAGCUCAUCCUUGGACUAGCCAAUUAUCUGAAAGUACAGGAUUUUCCCUUGAAGAGCUGACUCCCUGUGUGCUGAGUCUCCAUAAGAAAUGUUUCCAUGAGGAUGUCCCAAAAGAUUAUAGGCAGGUGUCCCUUACAGCUGUGAAACAACGAUUUGAAGAUGAGCGCUAUGAAGAAAUCAGCAAGGAAGAGGUGAUGGGAUACAGUCAGCUCUGCUCACUGCUAGGAGUGAAACAGGAGGAUCUACAGCCGGACUCCUUGUAUCUGAACACGGUGGAGACCUUCCUCACAUCUCCAUCAGGAAAGAGGACGAAAAGGAGAAGAGAAGACAGUAUCCAGGAAGACAGGGGUAGCUUUGUCACAACACCUACAGCUGAACUGUCCAAUCAGGAGGAGAGUCUUUUGGAUAACUUCCUGGACUGGAGUUUGGAUUCCUGCUCUGGAUAUGAAGGAGAUCAAGAAAGUGAAGGCGAGAAGGAAGGAGAUGUCACAACCCCCAGUGGAAUUCUGGAUGUAACUGUGGUUUGUAUGGACCCUGAAGAGCAUGGCAGCUGCUGUUGUGGAGAAUCCAGCGAUGAAGAGAGCCUUGCCAAAGAGGAGUCUGAGUACAAAUUAAGGAAUUACGACCAGCAAAGUGAUGAGCAAAGGUGGCUUGUGUCCCACGCCCUGCAAGAAUCUACCACUGAUGCCAGCUCUGGCUAUUCCUCUGUCAACAGUGCUAGCCCUACUUCCACUAUCAACUGCAACUUUGGCACGUCUCCCAAAGCUACCUCAGUCCAGCUUGCAGGCCCUGCCAAGAACAAAGGCCAUGUGCAGCCUGUUCACUCAGAAUUGUGUUUGCGCUCUGCUUCUACUCGAUCUGGUAGAAGGCAAGUGAAACGGAAAAAUGUGUCAGAAUAUAAUGAAAAGGAGAGGAUGAACUUGGGCUUCUUAAGCCUGUGAUGCUCCAGUGCUGUUUACUUUAAUGCCAAGUAUCUGUGAAGCAGGCACAAACUGGCGGAGGUUUAUUGAGCCUCUGGUGGGGGCACUGCAUGUGGUUGCAGGCUAUGUUUCACAUGGUGGAUUGUGACUUGUGCAGCUCUGGUCUCCCCUAAUUUUUACUUAAGAGCUUCCCCAAAGUUUCUGUCUUCUUCCCUGUGUCUCAUCUUGUGGUGGUGGACUUUGUGGUCAGAUUGAAGUUUAAGGCACUAGCCAGCAUAACUGGCUUCCAGAACAUGGCUGUGUAAACAUGUUGUUUGGGGUGAGUGGCAGGGAGCAAAAUCAUUUCCCUGCCCCUCUCCUGUUCUGUGUUAAAUGUUUGUCCAUUGUGCCAAUAUAAUCAAGCAAUUUUCACCAGGGCCUCUUGUUUAGGUUUGCCCUAGUAUCUUUCACCUGGGCAGAAUCUGAUAGCCAUCUUAGAUAGGGACAGAACUAAUAUCUCCUUUACCUCAGCUUUAUCGAAACGUUGCCUCCUGUGAAGGUGGGGUCAAUAUUAGGGACUUCAGUGGGGUUUGGGCACUACAAAAGGCAUACCAAAAAUCUGACCAACUGGAGGGAAAAAAAUCCUUGGCCACCUCUCCAAACAUAAGUGGCCCUCCCCAUGCUUACUCCUCAUCUUUGUAGAGUGUUUCCCCAAAAGUGAAUAAAACUUAUGCUGAAUAUUUCAGUCUGGCCUUGAUCUUAAGUGUCCCAGGAGGUGGCUACCAAGACUGCCUUAUUAGUGUUGAUCCAGUUUGUUCCCCUGCCAGAAGCUUUGGUUACAUAUUAUUUGGUAUGCCAGUUAAGAUCUGCACUGCUGUUUAUUGCUUUUCUCACUCCUGAACAGCAUCUUCUAUCGUGAUUUACAAAAGAACAUAAUGUCUCUG